GCUGCACGCAGACCAUUAAUAUAUUAAAGAGCCAGACGGAGUUUGUUCAAAGUAACUUCACUAAGAGGAAGGAAACAAUGCCAGCUGUGUGAUGACUUCAGUCCAUUGACUGGUUUAUGAGUUCAGGGAGUGGCCAGUUUUCCUUUCAUAACCAGAGUUGGAAUAAAUAGUUACUUUGGACCAGACUGCGAAGAUCCAGUUCUCGAAUGCAAGCAACCAAACACUCCAUCACAAUGAUUUACCUUUCAGGCGUCGUUGGUUUUCUGCUGGUACUGACAGCUGAGGCCAGAGUUGGAAACUCCUCUCAGUUAGAGUUCUGUUCUGAGACAAAAGAGUGCCUGCUGUUUGAUCUGAUUUGUAAGACUGACGAAUAUGAGGUCCGACACUAUGACUCUGUGAAAUGGGUUUCAACUGAAGAGACAUCCUUCUUCAUGGAGUUUGCAGCAAUGAAAGCAUUCAGACGACUCUACGAAUACAUCACUGGUGCCAACGAAAAAGGAAAGAAAAUUGAAAUGACAGCUCCUGUUGUUGUGAAAAUGCCUGACAAGAGAUUUUGGGAAACGGGUGUCUACACCAUGAGUUUCUUGCUGCCAGCUGAGUAUCAGGCAGAUCCCCCAAGUCCUACUGAUAAAAAGGUGUAUAUCCAUGAGACAUCUGACAUGAAAGUGUAUGUACGGACCUACAGUGGAUGGAUGACGAGCAUGUCUGACAAAAACACGGCAAACAGUCUGUCCACUGCCCUUGACUUAGCUGAUGCAAAAUACAAAAAAGGCUUCCACUAUGCUGUUGGAUACAACAGUCCUAUGACGAUCUUUAACAGGCACAAUGAGGUGUGGUUUGUUGCUGAGGAUGAGCCUGCGUGUGCCAGCAGUGAGGAAUUGGACUUUGCUCAUUUCUCUUGAAUACUGUGAGCACAGUGCAGUGACAGCUUAAAUGAAGAGAUGUUGUAGCUGGACUUUUGCUUCACUAUUGCUUCAAGUCAUAAUGUGUCAUCUAAAUAACCUUGCAGUGACAGCCCAGAUUUUGAAAAUGUUCAUGUACUGCAUACACCAUAUAUUACUUGUGGUCAUGGUUUUAAACUAGCUUGUUUAAUGGUUUUGUUUAAUGGUUUUGUUUUAUAUUCAAUAAAGUUACCUUUACGCAGUCA